UCUCCUGGCUCCGUUCCAGUGCUCAAUGUCCACCGAGAGCGUGAGCGAGAGGCGUGGACGUCGUGAUCUGCCAGAACAUGCUCCAACCUGCAGCAGGCUCUGCUGGCGGACUGGGGCUGCCGCUGGUGCCCCAGGUGCAGGAACUGUACAGCACAAUACAAGGCCAGGCCGACUCUAAUGUCACGCUUCCCAUGAUCCUCUCUGAGUGGCACAAGCUGUAUAACAAGACUCUGGACUUUGCAGCUCUUUCGGACCGAGUGGGCGAGGAGCUGGGAGCAGAGUACUGGAUGAACUGGGUGCCAGGGAACAGCACGUACGACGUGACUGGAACACUUCUGCAAAGUGUCCUCUCGGCCGUGAUGAGUUCUGGAGAACAGCUCGAGCUGAGCCCGCUGUGGCCGCAGGUGAAAGACUAUUUCCACAUGUUGUACUGGAUUGUGACGUACAGGCCGGGCGUCACCACUCAGCCACCAAACUGCACGGCUGAUAUGAACACCUUAGCUCCUCGCUGUGACACGGGUUUCAGCUGGCCACAGUUUGUCCACACUCUGAUGUCGCUUCCCUCCGACCAGGACGUCCUGAUCAACUGUCUCAAGGCGACUGUGAGCCUCUUACAGCAUGUGUACGGUGACAUCUAUAAACAACAGGCGGGAUUCUAUAUACAACAAGGAAUCCCAGGCGGCGAUGCACUCUCGGCCUACUUGAUCAACCUGAUGCAUAACCUGGAUGGCUUUGUCGAGGCAAUCUCCCUGAGUGACCAUAACAUCACGAACCCUAAUCUCAUGCCCCUUAUCAGUAAUUUACUACAAUCCACGGGUCUGAGGCCUCUGAUGCCCCUGUUUUACGGUGGCCCAGUCAAUGUCUCCACAGUGGUGGAUGUCGUUGUGAAGCUUGGCAGGCUCAACCAGCACAUUUUUACCUUCAAUGAGACCGAUCCCACACUGCCUGAUCUGGAGCGAAUGAUGAUACAGCUCUUGUCCUCGGAGGGGAACCUCACCUUCCCUCUGUCCCUCAGCAUGGGCCAGGCUCUGAUCACUUACUCUGGCUACCUCCACCCGGACGAGCUGGCCCGCCUGAGGGAAUCCAUCCGUCCUUUCACCAACCAAACCUCAGCCGGAUUUGUAGAAGCCAUCCUCAGUGCCAUGGAGUGCCUGAAGAAAGUGACGGAUGCCCCAAAUGGUGACCCAACAAACAUCAUCCUGGGAUACAUUCACCAGCUUCAGGAGUUCCUGGUUUCAGCGCUCAGGCUGCGCAGAAUUGAACAGCUCUGGUUACAAAGCGGCCAGCUCACCACCGCUCAAGUCACUGACCUCCACUUGGUCACAAUGGACCUUCUCAACCUCCUCACCCCCGAGGGCCUUCACAACCUCACUCAGAUUGGUCCAGAUGCUGCCCAGAAAGUUGUUACAAAGAAAAUGCUGGCCUUGCUGCCUGUAGAGGUCCAGCUGGAUGCCCUUAGCUUUCUCCAGGAUUUCCAAACACUGCAGAAUCAGAUGGCUGUCUGUGCAACAGGCCAGAACUGUGUAGCUGGGGUGUCAGAAAUCUUCCUGUUCAUCGAUCAGAUACUAGAGAUGAUGCUAGCAGCCGAAGGUGAUGUCAUCAUCCAUGUAGCUCCAGGGAGUACCAUGCAGGCUCAGCGGUAUAUGGAAAUGGCAACCACAAUCUUCCCACUCCUCUUGUCCCCAGGGGAUGCUGCCAAUGUGGAAAUGUUCAAGCAGACUCUACAUUUCAUCAGGUUGGUCAUGGCUACGCCAAAUAUCACUGUGUCUGAUAUCCAGGAUGCCCUGAGACAGUCAAACCUCACCGUGGAGGAUCUGAACAACAUCACUGCUCUUGCUGGAGCUGCAAACAUUAAUGACCUGAUGGUAAAUAUCAUAGGAGUGAUCAACGUCCGCCAGUGUUUUGAGCCACAGCAUGGUCCAGUCAUGACAGCUCAGUGUGUGAUGGGACUAGUAAAUGGGGUCAGCGGUUUCCUCACACACAUACCUGCUCUCCAAAACGAAACCGCCAUCCUUUCCCUCAUCCCGCUAAUUGUCAAUAAAACUGUGGUCGAUGCUCUACAUGUCAAUUUCAGUUCCAAUCCUCUCCAGUCAACCAUACAGCUCCUGAACAGCACCUUGGACAAUAUCCAGAUGAGCCUGAUCCAUUUUAACUCUCCUGAGAUAAUGAAUGAAAUCAGAGUGUUGAGAGGUCUGUUAAAGCUAGCUGCCAUGCCUAUACACUUUAACACCACCUUGACGCCAGACCCCUUGCACAAUCAGAAAGUAUUCCUGGAGAUUGUCGAGUGGUACUUGAAGAAGCUAGAGAACAUCACCAGCAGCAGCUCAGUCUCACAGCUCCUCUAUCCUUUUUACCGUGUGACAGAAAUGCAAGUGGCUAUACAACUGGCACAAAGUGAAUUCUCUGUGUAUGUGAGUAACAAGGUGAAUUAUCUGAUAGAAGACCUCCAGUACCCUCUUGAUGGGGCAGGGUUGGCUAAAAUUGGGAAGGCAACCAUUGACAUUCUCUGGCGCCAGUUUGAAUUGAUAAAGGAAAACCUUGAGAUUCAGAAUAGCUAUUUCCAAAGUCUUGGCAUGGAGCCAGUGUUCAACACAACCAUCCUGGAUGCUACUGAGCACCAACUCAGGCAGUACCUUGAUCUAAUACGGGACUGGAUGAGAAACCCUAAUGUCACCUUGGUCCUCAACAGUAUGCUCCAGUGGGGCAACUCUUCGAUGAAUGUCUCCAACCCUGGCGUGGAUCUCCACCAUCUGAUUCAGACUCUUGACCAUUUCCUCAGUGGCGAACAGCUGGCUUACCUCGCCACAAUCGAUAACAUCACCCAGUACCUCAACAUGGCCAUCAUGCUGGCAGGUCAACCAGGUGGCCUGCAGAGUGAUGAUUUCUCGGAUGCCAUCCUGGCAGCCGUUCACCACGCGCUACAGAGCCUGACUGCUGCAACUGGUCCACUACCUGCCGCUGUCCACCAGAACAUCCUGGGCAUUGUACAGGACUCACUUCAGCUCACUGUAAGACCGAAUAUGAGCUAUGCUUUAUCACGUAACAUCUCCCUCCACAUCCUCGAGAGAGCCGAGAGCAUCAUCCAGCAGACGAUACCCAAAAUGUACGCUGAUUACCUGUUGGCUGUAAUCGAAAUAGUGAGAACAUACUUUCAUACCAUCUCCUCAUCUAUUGGGCCAAACAACUGGAAUGAAAUCAUUUUGAAUGAGAUGAAGACAAUCCAAGGCCUCCUGCCUCCGAACAGCACAGCCCAUGCCUAUGUUUCCACCCUCAUUAACAUCACUCACUUCAUCGUGGGCUCUGGCCAAGGCAACAUGAGUCUCUGGACAAGUUUUGGGAACACACCAACAGGAAAUCUGUCUCAAAUUUUGUGUCAGAUCAGGAAAAUCCUCAACAGUCUCUUGGCCCUUAUAACGAGCGACCCGAGCUUACAAAUAAUCAUUCCACAGCUGGAUGUCUUCACUCACCUUGCCUCCAUCAUGGAGCAAGUGAUGACUGGACAGGCAAAUGAAGAAACCUGGCACAAAAUGGAAAAGAUGCUGGAAGCCCUACUAUCCACUCUCAAAGGGACACCAUUAUGGGACCAAAUCCCACCUGUUGUUUCACUGUUGGAAAAAGCCAUGAGAGCUGUGGUGAACAGUAUGCAGGCAGAAAAUGCGCUGAUACUAAAUCUCCAGGAGCCCGUCAUAACCCUGUUGACAGACAUUGCACAUUCUGUGAAUAGCAGUGACUUGAACUUGUCUAACAUCACGGAGAGAAUGCAGCUGGCCAUCACACUGACGGUGCAGGCUGCCCAGCAGGCUAAUGGCACAUUGGAGUGCAGUGAAGCUCUCAAACCCUGGGAGCCGGUGAGGGAGGCGGCUGGGCUGAGCGAGGCAGCCCUGGCUGGGUGGUGUGACAUCAACCUUCAGCCUGUGAUGGAGGCCUAUGUGCAAUAUUACAUGAUCUACGCCAACAUGAACAUGAGUCACAUGGGUGUGGGGCCGGCGCCUGUCAACGCCACAGCUGCCAGGAUUGUCCACGCCGUGCAGUCGCUCUACCAAGUCAGCGUUAACCGGACACGCGUGGCCGAGGGGCUCAUCAUGCUGUUCUCCAGAGAGCUCUCAGCACUGACAGGCCAGCCUCUGAGCCUCGAGGCACAGCUUCAUUGGUCCCAGCAGUUACAGGACAUGCAGCUGCAGCAGAGCUUGGAUGCCAUCAAACAGCUCUCAGAUCAGCUGCUGAGCGAGGCCCCCUUCCUGAAGCCAUACGUGCACGCCAUAGAGAAAGUCCUCAGCCACAUUUUGACCAAUUACCAUGUCAUUCAAAACAGCAGCUCCGCCCAGACCCUGUUCACAGAAGCUGCAGCGAUGUUCCUGACGUCCAUGAACAUCACCGCUGACUCCAUCUUCCCCAUGAUGUGGGGGAAUUUCUCCGGAGUCACCGAGAUGUCCAUCAUAGGCAUCAUGAAGGACGCCGUCAAACUGAUCAUCCAGAUGCAGAUAUUUGGCGAUGCACCUGAGGUGUACCACGCCAUGGAGCAGUUUGUGGCAUCCAACGGCACCAGGCUCUUGGUGGAGAAGCUGGUGGAGAUGGUGCACUGGUGGAGCUCCACCCAGGCCUCUGGAAUGGAUCUGCUGACCCAGGCCCUGUCCCGAAUGUACGACAUCCUGAGGGCGCUCUUGUCCAUCGUGAACCACAUGAGCCCAGGCCAGCCAAUUAACAUGCAGCUGUUUGAGGGUCUAGCCGGGAACAUCCCCGCAAUGCUGAUGCAGAUGAUGGGCACCAGCGACCUUCUGGUUCCCAUGGACCACUACAUGAAUUACCCUCAGGGGCAUAAUGUGGGGGGCAACAGUUCAGUGGUCAGACGGCGGCGUGAGGCCCCGAUGAUGCCGCAAAGGGAGUACAUCGAUGACUUCAUUGACCUGUUCUACAUCGACUACUAUGCCUUCUUCAGAGCCAUCUCCGUCCCGCCCACCGCAGAGGAGAUCCUGGAGACAGCGCACGUGUUGUUUGCCAACCCCGACCUGGGUGUGGUGAUGAAGGGGGCCACCGAGGGAAUGCCAUGGGGCUUGAACGCCUCCAGGGAAGAAACCAUUGAUGCCGUCCUCGGGAUGAUGUCCUACCUCACCCUGCCCAACCUGUUCCAGAUGUCAUCGUUGGAUGUGCUGGUGGAGAGCGCUGACAUGCUCCCUCAGGGCUUCCCAUUCUCAUCUGUGAUAAAGAACAUCACCGAAGGAUUUGCCAGCGAAUCUCCAGAGAACCUGAUGCUCAUGCAGCAGACCGUCCAGACAGUCUUUCAUCUCUUCAACACCUCCCUGACAGAUCCACGUUUCGUACAAAUCCUCAACCGCCUGACGUCCCAGGUGUGUGCCCUGGGGAAGGUGGACUCUGUGCGUCACCUUCUGCAGGCUCUGUACGUGGAUCCUGACCCGCUGUGCCGCAGCAUCCUGCCCAGCCUGGAGCUGCUGGCCCGCAGUCUGCUGAGCAACACGUCCGAGCUGUCCGACUCCCUCUUCCAGACCUUCGUCGGAGAUCCCAGCACCUAUGAUGCCAGCGCCGACUGGGCCACUGUGUUGAGUGAAAAUUUCGGCUUGAACAUCAGCAGCCUGAGCGCACUCAACAUUAACGUCACCUCCCCAGGCGUGGUGAAGGUGCGGGAGAUGCUGAGGAAUCCUGCAGCUUUCGCUCUGGACGUUCAGCGGCACAUCGGCAUCGACCCCGGCAUCCUCCACCUGGUGAUGGAGUCCACUCUGCCCAGCAACAACUUAGUGAUCCUGUCCUGGCUGACCAAACUGCACUACUGCGGCGACCCGAGAGCGACCGCCAGCAUGAACCAGACCGAGGCCGCCAUCUUCAGGACGCUCUGCUCCAUGAGCGCCCAGCAGUGGUACAGCUUGGUGCUGCUGGUGGGGCGACACCUCAACAUGGAGAAGCUCAUCUACACAAUGGUUUUGUCCGAGGACAUGCAGAGCCUGGUGGGCGUCUUGCUGCAGAUGGUGAGGUUCCUGAUGGACAUGAUGAAAGAGCUGCUGCCCGCCGUCAGCCAGCUGCAGAACUACCUGCUCUCCAUCGAGGACCUCAACCUGGUGUCCAACUCCGAGUUUCACAACAUGGUGAGAGGACGAAGGUCCACCAUGUCCAGCCAAGCCACGUUCCUCACGCUCUCCCGAGCCUUGUGCCAGAACGGCGUCUUGGCUCUGUUCGGACUCGCCGGGAUGCCCAACAUGGCGGAGUCGGACCCGUCCUCACUCGAUUCUCAAGAGAGGGAGAAGAUGAUCAAGACGUUCAAGAUCCCAGAAAACGCCACUCCGUUCUGUAUGAACCUGUAUCUGGACAUGGUCAACACCACCGGAGGAGCCAUAGCCUGGGCCUUCCUCAAGCCCAUGCUGAUGGGACAAGUCCUGUACAGCCCCGACACACCUGUCACCAGGGCCAUCAUGGAGAAGGCCAACGUCACCCUGCAGGAGUUUGCAAACCUGAAGGCGUACUCUGAGGAGUGGCUCGAAUCCUCCAACUACAUCAUGAAGUCGGCCAAAAUACUCAGUGACACGCUGCCGAUGCUGCAGAAUUCCCUCGGCAAUUCCUUUGUGGAGAGGUUCAUUGAGAUGCAGACGGACAUCAAUGUCGGCAACAUGAAGGAGACACUCAGCAACUUCUCUAACAUGACAACCAUGCUGGAGCAGAACAAACACAUCCUCAAGCAAAUCACCACCUUGUCCAACCUGAUGGUGAACAUCUCCUCCUGCAUCAAGUUUGACCGUUACCGUGGCUACGACUCGGCAGACGAGCUCAAUGAUGUGGCCCAGGACUUGGCCAAAAACCGUGACCUCUAUGCAAGUGUCAUCUUCAAGCUCGACGGAAACGGGGCCCCGUCGAGGAAACGCCGGGACGGCUCCUCCUCCGGAUCCUCCCUCCCUCCCGAAGUCAGCUACACCAUCCGCAUGCACAUGGACAACGUCAUGCGCACAGACCGCGUCCGCAACCCCUAUUUCGUCAAGGACACGCACAUCUCGGCCCGCGAGACGCUGCGCUACAACCGGGGCUUCGUCUACCUGCAGGAGAGCCUUGACCGGGCCAUCAUCGAGGUCCACACGGGACAGAAAGUCACCGAGCCGGCCGUGCAGCUGCAGCCCUUCCCGUACCCCUGCUUCCUGCGGGACGAGUACCUGGAGGCCAUCUCCUUUGUGUUCCCGCUCAUGCUGAUGAUAGCCUGGGUGCUGUUCGUGGCCGACUUCGUCAAGAAGCUGGUCCACGAGAGAGAACUGAGGCUGCACGAGUACAUGAAGAUGAUGGGCGUCAACCCGCUCAGCCACUUCUUCGCCUGGUUCCUGGAGUGCGCCGCCUACCUGGUGUUCACCAUCAUCAUCCUCACGCUGGUGCUGAAGUACGGCCACAUCCUCCCCCACAGCAACGGCUUCCUGCUCUUCCUCUACUUCUGCGACUACAGCGUGAGCAUCAUCGCCUUCAGCUACCUGGUCAGCUCCUUCUUCGACAAGACCUACAUCGCCGGCCUGAGCGGGAGCCUCGUCUACGUGCUCUGCUUCUUCCCCUUCAUCGUCGUCAUGGCGCUGGAGUCCAAGCUCACCUUCGCCCAGAAGAGCGCCCUGAGUUUGUUCUCCCCGACCUGUUUCAGUUACGCCAGUCAAUACAUCUCUCGCUACGAGUCCCAAGGAGAGGGAAUCCAGUGGAGCAACUCGUACACCUCACCGAUAGCUGAAGACACGGCCUCGUUCGGCUGGCUGUGCUGGCUCAUGCUCAUCGACUCUGUGCUCUACUUCAUUAUCGGGGCGUACAUCCGAAUGGUCUUCCCAGGAAAAUAUGGCAUCCCAGCCCCGUGGUACUUCCCAUUCAAACCGUCCUUCUGGGCAGACUUUUGCUGCUGCUUCAGUAAGGCACCCAGCCAGGUGGGCAAAGGCCUCCUCUUCACCAACAUCAUGCAGAAAAACCAGCCCGUCUUCUCCGACGACAAGGGAAAAGGCCACAGCACCCUCUCUUCCCAGGACAGCGAGGACUUCUCAGGGAUCCCGGUGGGCGUCGCCCUCCAUGGCCUCACCAAGACAUACGGCGAUCGGGCGGCCAUUCAGAACCUCAACGUCUCCUUCUACGAGGGUCACGUCACAUCACUGCUGGGCCACAACGGAGCCGGAAAGACCACCACCAUGUCCCUCCUCACGGGGCUUUUCGCUCCGUCUUCGGGCACCAUCGAGGUUUACGGCAGAGACAUGCAGACCAACAUUGACGACGUCCGCAAAGAGCUGGGCGUCUGCAUGCAGUACGACGUCCACUUUGACCACAUGACCACCAAGGAGCACCUGCUGCUGUACGGCCAGAUCAAGGCCCCCCACUGGUCGCGCAGGGAACUGCACGAGCAAAUCCGCAAGAUCCUACAGGAGACGGGCAUGUACGCCCACAGACACAAGCGGGUGGGCACGCUGUCGGGCGGCAUGAAGAGGAAGCUGUCAAUCUCCAUCGCCUUCAUCGGCGGCUCACGUCUGGUGGUCCUGGACGAGCCCACCACAGGAGUGGAUCCCUGCUCCAGACGCAGCAUCUGGGACAUUGUCAUCCAGCACAAGAAAGGCCGUACCAUCAUCAUGUCCACCCACCACCUGGACGAGGCCGAGGUGCUGAGCGACCGCAUCGCCUUCCUGGAGCGAGGAGGGUUAAAAUGCUGCGGCUCGCCCUUCCACCUGAAAGACAAGCUGGGUCAGGGCUACAACCUGACGCUCACCAAGAAGCUCCAGAGCGCCGACUCCGGGGAAAGGCUUGACAACGCCGAGCUCAAGACCUUCAUCCAGGCUCACGUCCCCGAGGCCAGGCUGAAGGAGUCUCAGGGGGGCGACCUGGUCUUCGCUCUGCCCCCCUUCACCUCCUUCAACGCCUCGGCCUACCGCUCGCUCCUCACCGCCCUGGAUGCCAACCUGGACGCCCUGCAGCUGGGCUGCUACGGCAUCUCUGACACCACGCUGGAGGAGGUUUUCCUCCAGCUGACUCAUGACAACACGGAGUCUGCGGCUGAGGAUGCACCCCUGUCCAUCUCAGAGACCGUUUCUGAUUCUGGAUCCAUCGACAGCUUCCCCGAGGAGCUCGCAGGAAACUUCCCCAGCCUCGACAAGAUCAAGCUCACCGGCUCGUCCACGGUGCGCGGCGUGGCUCUGGCCUGGCAGCAGCUGACGGCCGUCCUGGUCAAGAGGUUCCACCACAGCCGCAGGGACUGGAAGGGCCUGGUGUCCCAGGUGCUGCUGCCCGUCCUGUUCGUGGUGUUCGCCAUGGGCCUGGGCUCCAUCAAGAGCGACCUGCGGCACUAUCCCGAGAUGCAGCUCAGCCCGGCGCUCUACAACAUCGGACCCAGCUACUCCUUCUUCAGCAGCCAGAACCCAAACUCCAGCCGGCUGGUCGACACCAUGAUGUCAUUCCCUGGGAUUGAUAACGCCUGCCUCGACAAGCCCGAUAACCCGCUGUGCAGGAGAAGCUCCGACACCUGGAGGUCCACCGGGAACAGCUCUCAGCCGUUCCGUGACUGCAAAUGCUCCCAUCAGGAACAGGUUUGUUAUGAAAACAGCUACCAGCCGCCCCACAAGACGUCCCCCUCCUCCCAGACAGUUUACAACCUGAGCGGCAUCGACGUGGAGUAUUACCUGAUAUCCACGGCCAACGACUUUAUCAGAAACAGGUAUGGUGGAUUCGAUUUCGGCAAGCCGCUCCCUCCUGGAUUGCGGAUGGACCUGAGAGAAGUGCCCGAGAACCGCACCCUGUCCAAGGUCUGGUACAACCCUGAGGGCCACCACACGAUGCCAGCAUACUUAAACAGCCUCAACAACUUUAUCCUACGUUCCAGCCUACCUGCAGACAAAGAUCCACGGAAAUAUGCAAUUUCGGUUUCCAGUCACCCGUACUUUGGCCGGGCGGACAACGAAGAUGCAGUGGUUCAGGGAAUGAUCCAGAUCUUAGUGGCCCUGUGCGUGCUGACCGGCUACGCCAUCACGACGGCCAGCUUCGCCAUCUACGAGGUCAGCGAGCACCACAGCGGCUCCAAGAGGCUCCAGCACAUCGCCGGCAUCAGCGAGCCUUUCUACUGGGCUGUGAACUUCCUCUACGACAUGGUCAUCUAUCUGAUCCCCGUGGCUCUGACUGUCGGCGUCAUCGCAGCCUUCCAGAUCCCAGCGUUCACAAACCGGCAGAAUCUGGCCGCCGUCACCUUGCUCCUGGUGCUCUUUGGGUUUUCCACCUUCCCCUGGAUGUACCUCCUAUCCGGCGUCUUCAAGGAUGCCGAGAUGGCCUUCAUCACCUUUGUCUGCAUCAAUCUCUUCAUCAGUGUCAAUACCAUCAUGUCCACCUCCAUUAUGUACUUUCUGGGUCAAAUUGCGAUGCAUGACAAUGAGGCCAUCCAGAGUGUCUUCAGGACCCUGAGCCACGUCUUCCUGAUCUUCCCCCAGUUCAGCUUCGGUAACGGGCUGAUGGAGCUGGCCAGGGUGAACAUGGAGGUCCAGAUCCUCAGCGGCUACAACAUCGACGCGUAUAAGAACCCGUUUGGCAUGGACGCCCUGGGCUGGAUGUUCGUCUCCUCCUUCCUUCAAGGCCUGUUCUUCUUCACCCUGCGCCUGCUGCUCAACAAGUGGCUCCUGCGUAAAGUCAGGCGCCUGAUCUUGGGCAAGAAGUCGGUGCCCCAGGUGAACAGUGGGGACGAGGACGAGGACGUGGUGGCCGAACACAUGCGGGUGUCCAGCGGAGCGGCUAGUUCAGACAUCCUGCAGGUCGACCGGCUCACCAAGGUCUACCACCACCUCAACAAGAAGGUCCACGCCGUCAAGAGGCUGUCUGUGGGCAUACCUGCAGGGGAGUGCUUCGGCCUGCUGGGUGUGAAUGGAGCAGGAAAGACGACCACCUUCAAGAUGCUGACUGGAGAUGUGAGCCCCACUGAUGGCACAGCACAGAUCAAGGACUGGGACGGGAGGAUGGUAGACAUCAUGGAGUGCCGUAACAAGGGCAUCAGGAUCGGUUAUUGUCCCCAAGUCGACGCCUUGGAUGAUCUGCUCACCGGAGAGGAGCAUCUCUACUUCUACGCUCGCAUCCAGGGCAUCUCAAAGACAGAGAUUGACGGGGUGGUGAACCACCUGGCGAAGAAGCUGGAGCUGGACUACCACAGGAAGAGCGUCACCGACGGCUACAGCUGCGGCACCCGCAGGAAGCUCUCCACAGCGCUGGCUCUCAUUGGACACCCGCAAAUCCUCCUCCUGGAUGAGCCAAGCUCUGGCAUGGAUCCACGCACCAAGCGUCAUCUCUGGAAGAUCAUCUCUGAGGAGGUGAAGGGGAAAUGUGCCGUGGUUCUCACCUCUCACAGCAUGGAGGAGUGUGAGGCGCUCUGCAGCCGUCUUGCCAUCAUGGUGAAGGGUCAGUUCAGAUGCCUCGGCUCCCUGCAGCACAUUAAGAACAGGUUCGGCAGCGGAUUCACUGUGAAGACGUACCUGGCCAGGGCCUCCUGUGAUGUUGAGGCCAUCACUGGCUUCAUGCAGCACCGCUUCCCCAGCACCUAUCUCAAGGAGCAGCAUUCCACCAUGCUGGAGUACCACGUGCCCGUGGCGCCGGGCGGGGUGGCCGAUAUCUUCGACCAGCUGGAGUCCAACAAGACGGCACUGCAGAUCAAGCACUUCGCCGUCACCCAGACCACACUGGAUGAGGUCUUCAUCAACUUUGCCAUGGGGAAGAUUGGCAUGGAAACCAUCCCGAUUCACAGCGAAGAAGAGGACUGUGACAGUCUGGGCUCCAUCGACGCCGUUCAGACGUAGAACUGACUGACCUCCAUCAAAACCAGUUCACAUGGUCCAUGUGCACUGGGAAAUGAAAGACAAUUAUGCGUUUCUGUUUCUUGUAUAUGUGAACAAAAAGAGUCUAAACUAUUGAUGCUUUGAUAAUUCUUUUGCUGAAAGUCCUCUGACUGACCCAAUGAAGGACAAGCUACAUUUCCAUUUUUUUGCCACUUUAAACCGGCUUGUCUCUAAGCAAUAAUCAAUGCACAAACACACAUAAUGAAGGGCGCACUUUUGCACACACACACACGCACACACACACACACACAUAGAGGCACACAAACAAACACUGUUGAUUAGCAAACUAGUUCUUUUGUUUUUGUUUUUUUCUUUUUAUGACGUUUUUGUCAUAUCUGAUGGCUCCAACAAGUGCAAUUUUUGUUUACUUUUAGCUCAAGUAAUCCUGUUACUCAUGAAGGCUAAAUUGAAUUGUGUAGGCUAUUAAUUUUCAAUUUCUGUCUGUGGUGGGGGCACUGUUUAUUAUUACAAUAUUUUACCGUAGGCAUCCAUAAUCUUGUAAUGUGAAACACUCUGUUUCUUAGUUGGCAUAAUUAUUUUGGCCCAUAUAAUGGCAAAAUAUGAUCUCACUUUAUGUAAAAGCACACAUACACUAAAUACAUAAAGUAGCUAAAUGAAUCAGGUUUUUAUCCUGAGGCGUAUGUAAUUAUUGCCUGCCGGGUGUAUAUCACAAAAGAAAAUGUUCUUGGCAUUCAAAGAUGAACACUCUCAAUAUCUGUACUUUCCCCCUACUCAUUAACACUUCCUCUAAGGGCAUAUCUAACUUUUGGAAUCAAUGUGCUGAAUAUUUAAUGGAUACUUUCCUGCUUAAGGCCCAGUUCCACAUGGUGUUGAAUAUAUCAAACUUACUUUUCUACAUAAUAAAGCUAUUUUUCAAAUGCAA